AUCCUGCAGUUCGACAACGUCGGAUACCUCGGGUAUUACUACCCGGUGACGAAGAUCGAGGCCCUGAGUGACGGCAACUGCUCGUGCGAGAAGGACAUGGAGAACCCGUUCGUUUUCUCCGGCCCGUUGGCUCCCUUGGACGAAGAGCUCACGGUCCACUUGAGAGGCCCUCUCAACUUGAGAAAGUUCGGCUACUAUGUCACCGACUCGUACUCGUUUGGCUCCAGUUCCGGAAGCUGGGAGCGGAAGGCGUACUACGACUCCGAGCAGGGCACUGCCAACAACGUCACCUUCCUGGCCAACUACGGAAAUAAGAACGCAUGUUUGGGCAACGCCACCGACUACGUGACCCCAGACGGCCUCAAGCUUGCGAACGACUCGCAGGUCCUCGAUAACACCACCAUUCCCUCCGGCUACGAGGUGACCAUUGCCUCGGACAUCAAGUGCCAGGGCGAGGACGACUGCGGUGCUUACAGAACCGACGGUCAGGCCUACCACGGCUUCUACGGCCUCAACAAGAUGUUCCUCUUUGAGUUCUGGGCCCCAUCCGACAUGUCCGAGGAGCACAAGAAGAACAAGACCGACGGAUACGACAUGCCUGCCAUCUGGUUGUUGAACGCACACAUCCCAAGAACCUCCCAGUACCCAAUGAACCCUAACUGCUCCUCGUGGAACACCGGAGCCGGUGAGUUCGACAUCUUCGAGGUCAUGAACUACACCGAGAGAAACAACUUCUACUCCACCAUCCACGACUUCCAGGGCACCGACGACAUCGGAACCGGCUUGCAGAAUUUCGGCUACUUGGAAAGAACCCCGGAGUCUGUCAUGACCGGUGGUGUCAUUUUUGCCGAGGACAAGACCAUCACCGUCUUCCUCUCCAACAGCACCUCCAUCGACAGCACCAUCAACAACUCCGACUUGUCCAAUUGGGUCUCCGCCCUCGAAAAGGAAACCGAAGACAUCAGAACCUUGUCCUCCAUCUCC